AUGUCGGGCGGUCUUCCAGCUGCUUCGAACCGUGCGCAUUUCGCCAUGCAAGAGGAGUUGGCGCGGCUCACGAACGCAUCAACCGCAGCUUUUUUCCUACGCAAUGCUGAUUACCCACAAGGCGAGGUCUUCCACAUCAUCCGCCCGGACCACAUCUCAUCUGCUCCCCCAGGGGCAAUCAAAAGACCCCAGUUCCCAGAAAAGAGACAGGCCGCACUACGGAUGCUGGAGCCGUGUAUCUUCUUUGCUAUCGAAGCCAACCGCAAGUGUCCACUUCAUCAAGACCCAGCACAGGCGAAUCCGAUCAACAACCGGCCUGAGGACUUUCUGGCCACCAGACAGCAGAAGGCAUUCUACGAGCACAUGUUGGAGCGAUCCAUGGUCUGUCACUGGCACGAUCUACCACCACCAUUACAAAGCCGUCCCGCCGCGUCGCACCGCGAUGGCUUUCAUCGUGAAACAACGCCCAAAGAUAUGAGUGAUGUCCAAAUGUUGGACAGCAUAAAGGAAGAGGACAUGCUGUCUGAGGGAAGUAUGGUAGACACGGCUGGAGAUUGCGAUUCCACGUGGGACGAUCGUUCCCGGUACACGGGAUUCGCCAUGUCCGAGCAUCCUCUGGCCACGAGGUCAAGGUAA